AGCCUUUCAUCUUUUUUAGCCACAGACAGCCUACACCUACAAACUGCUAAAUCUGCAACAAAAGUUGAUGCAUGAGAUUUUUGUCCAUCCACUGAUCACACACUCAUUGGGAAGAAAUCUGACCGCAGCAGGUUUCUGUUUGACUUCAUGUUUCAUGUUGAGCUGCUCGUAUCACACCUCAUUUACACAUACAAUACGUGAUGGGAAAUACACUUAUGGAGCAGAUGGUCUUUUCAGAUCCGACACAGAACCAGUAAAGAAAAAAAAAAUGUUAUACAUGCUUAUUUUGUUCUGUUUGUUCGAGAGGAAUCUGAUUGGUGAGUUACUGCUUUAUUUUUUUCUGUUUCAGAACAUAUACUGUUGCUUUGCAUUUGCUUUCCUUCCCAGAUCAAAUAAAACUGAGGUUUACGUUGCUCAUCUGUCUUUUCAUUAUGGGAAAUUUUAUCUUUUGUGUCUUUGAUGCUGUUGAUCAAUUCUCAAUUAGCUUAUGCAAACUGAUUUCAGUCUUUCUAAAUCAACACAAACUGGGUUCAAGAUCUUGUCAUGUUCUUUAGGUGUGUCUGGUUCUGAGAAAAAUGAAACACAAUCAGUGUCAGUGAUGGAGGGAGAUUCUGUCGCUCUUAAAAUCUUACUUUUUACUGCUAUACGUGACGAUGAAGACAUACUGUGGAAAUUUGGAGCUGAAAAAACUCUCAUAGCUAAAAUCAGUAGAAAUGCUAAAAUAUUUUCCACACUUAAUGUUCCUGAUGAGAGAUUCAGAGACAGACUGAAGCUGGACAGACAGACUGGAUCUCUGACCAUCACAAACAUCACAACUCAACACGCUGGAGUCUAUGAAGUAGAGAGAAGUGGAUCGAAACUGACAUCAGAAUUAUUCUGUAUUUCUGUAUAUGCUCAUCUGCCUGUUCCUGUCAUAAAAAGAAACUGUUCUUCAUCAUCAUCAUCUUCAUCACAGCAGAAUUGUUCACUGUUGUGUUCAGUGGUGAAUGUGAGUCAUGUGACUCUCUCCUGGUACAAAGGAAACAGUUUAUUGUCCAGCAUCAGUGUGUCUGAUCUCAGCAUCAGUCUCUCUCUACCUCUGGAGGUGGAAUAUCAGGAGAAAAACAGCUACAGCUGUGUGAUCAACAAUCCCAUCACAAACCAGACCACACAUCUGGACAUCACUCAACUCUGUCACACAUGUGCAGGUACAGCAGAACUGAUAUACAGAACUGGAUGGACACGUUAGUUCACAAGCCGUGUCUCUGAUAGUGUUGAUUUCCGCUGCUCUUGCUGGAUCUCUGUUGAUUGCAGCUGCAGUUACGAUCUUCUGCAUCUACAGGAGAAACAGAAAAACUGA